GCUGACGGCCGAGGGGCUCGCAGCCACCGCGCCCCGGUGACCCGCGGGGCGGGGCGGUGUAGGGCCUCCGGGUCCUAGGACUUUGCUCGAAGGCUGCUGCUUUCAGCCCCUGUCCCCAGGCCGUGUGAGCCUUCAGACCAGAGCUCCCGGGCUUGUGUUUCUUCCAGGACUGGUGCCUCGGUUCCCCAAAGUUAAAUUGUUUUCAAGCGGAGGUUGUUAGGAUCUUUGUACAAAGGCAACAGGGAGCUAGAGGGGUCAGGCCACGGAGUGUGGUGGGUUUGGCUCAGCGCUGACCCCCAAGUUUUUAAUAGGUUUCUCCUUCCCGUCUUCUUUUCUCGUUUUCCCUAAAAGAGUUAUUUUUCUUCUGGGUUGAGGCUCUUCAUCGCUGAAAUCUGCACCCGCACGCUCAGCAUCCCCGCUUCCGCGUGCUCUCGGACCAGUGAGGCUGUCGCGGAUUCGCAUCCGAUGGCCAAGCUAGAACAGGGUCUAGGUCUAAAUGUGCCACCGGCUACCCAGCCAGUUCUCAGGCGUCGGCCCUAACCUGGGAGCUGUAUUAGCAUUAUGCUCCCUGAACCUUUGCAUAUGGUGGUAAAAUUUCUGUUAGGGAGGUGUUUCCACAUACCCGUUGGGCAUGUGUGCGGGGGGGGGGGGGUUCUCUUCAAGCGAAGUCUGUGAACUUAAAAAAAAAUCUUUCCUUCGUUCUUCGAAUACCCCCCGCUAUUCUGGCCCCAUUUCCCAUUGUUCUUUGCUUUUUAAGUUGCCUGUUAAUUUUUUAAAAGUUUAUUUAUGCAAAGGAAAAUAUCGUUUAAUUUGUUCUAUUAUUUUAAGUCAUGGCUUUUGGAAACGAUUCAGAGACCACAAAAAUGUCACCUGUUGUAAUAAGCAGAGAAGCGUUGCGUGUGCAUUUUAAUUGCCAGCAGAGUCCUAGUUUGGUGGGCGCCCUGAGCUCGGCUCUGGGAAAGAGCUUGCUUUGUGGCAGUCAUUUCCAAGUGGGUUUGGCUCUCAACAGCCAGCAGUAGCAGCGACACUGCUUCUUUGCACUGCCAUCCCCAGAGCCGGGGAAGAGGUCCGGACCCUAGGCAGGGGUGGGAAACCGCUCACUCGUUGGGACUUUCUGUCUGGCUUUCGGUUUUUCUACACGAAAGUGGCUAGUUUGCACCAGAGAGCGCGGACCGCUACGCACCAGCCUAGUAUCAGAUAAUUGCACAUUCUAAAAGCCGGCUUCUUCAUUUGUCUUGCUUCUGGCAUGUUUAACCACGCAAUUAGUAAUCUCACUAAUUAUUCAGUUAGCCGACGUUUUGUAACUACUUUGAACCAAGGUCGGGUGUAUGAUUUAAGAAACAAACAAACUCCCACACAGAGAGAACUGAGCCAAACCCAUCACGUCAAGGAUUUGAAAAUUUAAAAACUCGAUAUUUGUUGGUCCCUCUGUCCAACCUCACUGCCUGCUGGACAAUUUAUUUAGCUUCGUGGAUUGAUCCCUCCUCCUUGUUUAGUUAAUUCAACAAAGACUUUUUGCAAUCUGUUUGGAGUUUGUCUGAUGCCGUGGAAAAGUAGCUGAUGAUUUAUUUGGUUGCUUUUCGAUUUCUGUCUUCAGCCCUUCUUUCUCCUCCUUUCAGCAGGGAUGUCAGCUGUUAUUACUUCCUAUUGAUCCCUUUGCAAAGUGAGAAGUGAACUAAAAUUAAUGUCAAUUCCACUGCUCGGAUCAAUAGCUGGAGUUAUUUUAAUCUGGAUUUGCACGAAGUGCUAAAUUAAAAAAAAUCAGCAUAGAGGCAGAAAAGUACCAGUUACUUCCUAUCUGCCCAGUUCUUCACAGUCACCCAAAUGUACCAUCAAGCUGAUUAUCUUACAAUCCAUAUUUUUUUAAUUAAGAGGGUCAGUUAGUUUUCUUAUUUUGGGUUCUGUGUUUAAACCCAUGACAUUUUGACAUUGGGAGUGUAUUAACUAUAGAUUUUCAUAAUGACUGUGGUCUGCUGAAGCCUCAUCUAUACUGUUAAUGUGAGGAGGGGGAAAGAAAGAAAAGGGAAAAGAAAAAACAAAACUCCCCCCCUCCCUUGCAGAGACCAACGCCCACACAGUAGAGUAAAAGAGAUGUGGCCUGGAAAAAUAUUGUUGAUUUAUUUUCAGUAUAAUGAAGUUUUCAAAUGAAUUCGCAGGUUUGAGUGAUUGACCGCGUCCUAUUGGAGUGUCCGGUGCUGUCGCCAGAUCACUAAUUUAUGAAAGUCGUUUAACAUAAUGAGGUGAUCUAGGAAGUAAAGAUGGAAAGUGAAUCCUGGGGACAGUUAUUUGGGGAAGAAGCAUUCCUCCCCCUCACCCCUGGGGUGUCAUGUCUGUCCUUUCCUCCAGCCAGCCUGCUAUACUGAGGCUUGACAGACACGCGGUGUGUUCCUUUCUGUUCUGAAGAGCUGCUUAGACCCCUUGGAACAGCUCUGGACCCACGUUCCAUGUUGUGGGACCAUUAAUCUGACUUGAAAACAGCCAAGAACAGAAUUCCCAGACUUGUCAGGCUAACUGGCUGUCCUUGGCACAACAUUCUCUACCCUGCUAUAACUUGACAGGAAAGUUAUUUAAAAUUUGGAAGAGAGAAAAAUCUGUUAAUGUGAGAUACAUAAUCUGGUAAUUUGGUGUCUAUAAGGAGAGAUGCCAAGUGAGGAAGCUCUGAUGGUGUCCACUCAUCUUCUCAAUUAAUAACAGCCAUUGACAUGUCUGCUACAGGAUGGGAGAAGGAAAUACGCUCCUUGCACUGCACUAAGCUGGGAGGAUUCGUCUGCAGUUUAACUGAGGGUUUUCUAUCUGAGGGACUACCAAAGGUGUCCCACUACAGACAUGGGCUUUUUAAAGGGGGGGGUCAAUUUUAUUUUUGACAUGACUCAAUUUAUAAGUUGUAACAGAUGGAAGUUUGGGUUAUAUUUUUAAGUUCUUUCAGUUUCUACUGAGGCUAUAGAUUUGCAGCUAGUAAGUCUUGGUUCUCAUCUUAUCCUGCCUUUUGAUAAUACAGUUCUUCCCCCCCCCAACCCCCAUUAAAUAUAUUAGAAACUGAAUCAGUACUAUGAAAAUGUACAGCCUAAUUUUAUAAGGGAACCUGAAAGGAGUCUCUUUGAAAUCCAGUUAGUUUUGGGGGGCUUUUAUUGGACAUCAGCUCUGCCUGGGCCAAUAAACGGAGUGAAAUAAGUCAGAGAUUUUUGUUAACAUUUUUUUUUUCUAAAUGUUAAUGGUAAAUCCAAGGCAGUUUACAAAUUUCCUUAGGAGUGACUGUAUUAGUAACUAAAAUUACCAAUCCAUUCUUUGCUGUUCCUGGAAGAGAACAUGUGCCAAAGGUGCUAGUUAUGUUUUUUAAACAUUGUCAGAAGUGCCAGGCAUUCUGUUGAUGAAGGUCCUGGUUUCUUUCAGGAGAGAGCUAGGAAGCCUGUGUAAUUAGAGGGGGCUGUGUGUAAAAAAAAAAAAUUGUUCACAUGGCACUUAUUUCUAGAGAUAGUCUUAGGUGACACAUGAAAAUGUAUGUAUAGAAGAUGUAUGUAUAUGUAUUGGCCAAUGUGUGUGAUUCAGCCACAUGUACAAUUUGUACCAACUAAUAUGUAUGGUCUAGAUGUGUGUGUCAUAGGGACCUGUCAGUAUAAGGAUGAAGAAAGAUAUUAAUAUGGGGCAUCAGUAAGGUAGAGCCUGGUCUCUGUACCUCAAGCCAGAAGCCAGCCAUAAGUGGUGUUUGUAGGUAGAAGCCCUUUAAAAUAUAGAGCUCCCCCCCCCAACACCUAAUCUGCUGGGUGACUUGGCCUUCCAAAGCUCAUUUGCUCAGGGAAUAUUGUAUUUGGAGGUUUUAUGAUUUUUUUUUCUUUGCUGGGCUCAGGCGCAUUUCACCCGGAACGUGUAGGGACCAAAGUCAGCUACGCGUACAUCACAGUCUUCGAAGGGCAUGAUUCCCCAGUAAUAAUCCUCGCCCUGAUCCAAGGUGCAGGUCGCCCUCCCUUCCAGGGAAGACUGCUUCUUGUGUGACACCGGCCAUCGAAAGAGACUCCGAUGGACUUACACCGGGCAGCCUUCAAGAUGGAGAACUCAUCCUAUCUUCCCAACCCUCUGGCGUCCCCAGCACUGAUGGUCUUGGCGUCCACUGCCGAGGCCAGCAGGGAUGCCUCCAUCCCUUGUCAGCAGCCACGACCCUUUGGUGUACCUGUCUCAGUAGACAAGGACGUUCACAUUCCCUUCACCAAUGGCUCCUACACCUUUGCCUCUAUGUACCACCGGCAAGGUGGGGUGCCGGGCACUUUUGCCAAUCGUGAUUUCCCCCCUUCCUUACUACACCUCCACCCCCAGUUUGCUCCCCCAAACCUAGAUUGCACCCCAAUCAGUAUGCUAAAUCACAGUGGUGUGGGGGCAUUCCGUCCCUUCGCUUCCACGGAGGACAGGGAGAGCUAUCAGUCUGCCUUUACUCCAGCCAAGAGACUCAAGAACUGCCAUGACACAGAGUCUCCCCACCUGCGCUUCUCCGAUGCAGAUGGCAAGGAAUAUGACUUUGGGACCCAGCUGCCAUCCAGCUCCCCUGGCUCACUUAAGGUUGAUGAUACUGGGAAGAAGAUCUUUGCUGUGUCUGGCCUCAUCUCUGACCGGGAAACCUCCUCGAGUCCAGAGGAUCGGAAUGACAGAUGUAAGAAGAAAGCAGUAGCGUUGUUUGACAGCCAAGCCCCGCUCUGCCCCAUCUGCCAAGUCCUGCUGAGGCCCAGCGAGUUGCAGGAACAUAUGGAGCAGGAACUGGAACAGCUGGCCCAGCUGCCUGCCAGCAAAAAUUCCCUUCUGAAGGAUGCCAUGGCUCCGGGCACCCCCAAGUCCCUCCUGUUGUCUGCUUCCAUCAAGAGGGAAGGAGACUCUCCAACGGCUUCCCCACACUCUUCUGCCACGGAGGACCUGCACCACUCAGACAGAUACCAGACCUUCCUGCGAGUGCGAGCCAACCGGCAAACCCGACUGAAUGCUCGGAUUGGGAAAAUGAAACGGAGGAAGCAAGAUGAAGGGCAGGUAUGUCCCCUGUGCAGCCGCCCCCUGGCAGGAUCGGAGCAGGAGAUGAGUAGGCAUGUGGAGCACUGCCUGGCUAAGAGGGAAGGCUCCUGCAUGGCUGAAGAUGAUGCUGUGGACAUCGAGCAUGCGGACAGCAACCGCUUUGAGGAAUAUGAGUGGUGUGGGCAGAAGCGGAUACGGGCCACCACACUCCUGGAAGGUGGCUUCCGAGGCUCCGGCUUCGUCAUGUGCAGUGGCAAAGAGAACCCAGACAGUGACGCUGACCUGGAUGUGGAUGGAGAUGACACACUGGAGUAUGGGAAACCACAAUACACGGAGGCUGAUGUCAUCCCGUGCACAGGAGAAGAGCCUGGUGAAGCCAAGGAGAGAGAGGCACUCCGGGGCGCAGUCCUAAAUGGUGGCCCUCCGAGCACCCGCAUCACACCUGAGUUCUCUAAAUGGGCCAGUGAUGAGAUGCCAUCCACCAGCAAUGGUGAAGGCAGCAAGCAGGAGGCCAUGCAGAAGACCUGCAAGAACAGCGACAUUGAGAAAAUCACCGAAGAGUCAGCUGUAACUACAUUUGAGGCUCUGAAGGCUCGGGUCCGGGAGCUUGAACGGCAGCUAUCUCGGGGGGACCGAUACAAAUGCCUCAUCUGCAUGGACUCUUACUCGAUGCCUCUGACGUCGAUCCAGUGUUGGCAUGUGCACUGUGAAGAGUGUUGGCUGCGGACUCUGGGUGCCAAGAAGCUCUGCCCUCAGUGCAACACCAUCACAGCCCCCGGAGACCUGCGGAGGAUCUACUUAUGAGCUAGCUGUCUAGGCAGGCCUUGCCUCGAGCAACGCCCCUGCCCAGCCUCUGUGACAGUGACUCCCUCUCCCCUUGUACAUACUCUCACACAGGUUCCCCUUGUACAUACAUGCACAUACACACCCAAACACACAUAGAGGACUCUGGAGCCGCAGUGGGACAGCCCUGCCUGCUUGUUCUUCUGAACUUGGGGACCAUGCCUCUUUGGGCUCUGCUUCCAGGAUGGUUUGGGAAGCAUAGCAGGGCACGGCUCGGCUCCUGAGAUCCAUCCCCUAGACUGACUGACCGACAGACACACAAACACCAGACUGAAGCACAUGUAAUAUAGACUGUGUAUGUUUACAAUGUUGUGUAUAAAUGGGACACUUUGCCCUCUACCACCUCCCCUUUGGUUGUAUGAUUUUCUUCUUUUUUAAUGACUCCUGGAAGCAGUGCCCCUUCAGAGCUGGCUGGGAGCUUGGCUCAGCCACCUCUUAGGGUGCCUGCCUCUGCCAUGGCAUCCUGUCCCUUUCCCAUGUGCUCGGUGUUCAGUGGUGUAUAUUUCUUCUCCCAGACAUGGGGCGUGUGCCCCAAGGGGUCUGAUCCCCUCCUUAGUCUUAGCUCAUGGGGCGGCUCAUGAGGAGCUGGGGGCAGGGUAGAAUGGGACCGAGCAGGAACAGAGGCUGCAGUUGGGCUGGCUGACUGAGGGUGCCUGGCUGCCCAGCCUGCGGUAGCCGUGCUCCCUGCCCUCCUGUGGCCCUAUGGUGUGAUGCUGUGUCUGUAUCUAUGUGUCUAUACAAAGGUACUUGCCCUUUCCCUUUGUAAACUACAUUUGACAUGGAUUAAAACAGUAUAAACAAG